AUGUCCUCCUCAUAUGGCGGAGCAAGUCUGCCCGACGAAAUAUUAUCCGUGGUAUGCCAAGAGCUCGGCAACGACGGUGACUUCCGAUCGUUAUAUCAGUGCGCGCUGAGUUCAAGAUCGUUUGCGGAUCCGGCACUCAGAACAAUGUAUCAACUUCAUCAGAAUUCUCCAGUCUUUGAACAAAGGGACGAUUUGGAGGUCCGCGGCCAGCGCCCGGUGAACUACAACGUUAAAGCCGCAGAGCAGGCCCAGUUCUACCGCAAGUGGACGUUGUUAUGGCGAUCGAUCGUCCAAUCCAGUCUCGAUAACCCGUCAACCUACAAGCCGUACUGUCGCUACAUCAAGACUCUAGACUUUCGCAACCUUUCGUUCAUGUUGGAGGACCCAAAGUUCACGGGCAAUGUGCGCAAGGCAUUCUUCGCCGACGACCUGCAGGCCUUCCAUUUCCCAAAGCGGGAAUACAACAGACUCGGCGUCGAUGUGGUGGCCACCGUCAAUGCCAUUGGCGAAGCGGUGACGGCCAAAACGACCUUUCUGGAAGAAAUCGACGGCCACAUCAGCCCGGGAUUCUUGCCUAGGUGGAUCUCCCGUUCUCCAAAGUUGGAAACAAUGGUGUUGUGGAAGGGAGAUGCACUCGUGAACGGUGCCGGGGCCGCGAUUGCGCAAUGCUGCGAGAAAUUCCAAAACCUGACUAUCCAUGAGUGGUCGUCGUUGGACGCUGACGACGCUUUCGCUACGUUUCUGCACGAGUUGAGGCCAAAUACGCUGGCGUACUUUGAAAUGAUCAGCUUCAACAGCCUCGGAAGACGUACAUUCCUGGCCCUGGGCCGUCACAAGACGUUGCGACAAUUACAUCUGGGCAAUCUCAAUCUAGAAGCGAUGGCGAAUUUGGAUGCCCUCAAGGAUUGUACCGAGAUCCACACGCUCAAACUGGACGACAACUAUGGGACUGUCCAGCUAGAAACGCUCAACAACGACGUAUUCCUCGAAGUGGUGAACUGGCUGAGUUCGUGCACGAAACUUCGGGAUCUCAGCUUAAAGAAAUUCCUUGACGGCCCUGCCAUCCUGUCACGGGUUCUGUAUUCCCCCCAAGUCAAAUUGACAAGACUCUCUCUCGAGGGAUAUACGGUGCAACAUACCAAUGCCCAGUUGUUCCACAGCGCCUUGGCGGAGCAAAAGUCGCUGGAAUCAGUCUGGCUCAAAGGAAACGGUGAGGAUACCACCCCGGACGACCUUCAGAUCAUGGUGGAAGCGUUGUGCAACCUGACGAAUCUGAAAGAGCUUGUCCUUAAGGAUGUUUCUGACGAGUUCUCCGAGGAUCACAUUGUCUCCCUUGCAUUGAGCCUUCCACUUCUGGAAGACUUCUGGACCAGUGGUGGUGAGGUCUCGACGGACAUCCUGCCAGUGUUGGCGAACCUCAAACACCUGAAAAACCUGACGCUCUACGCAAUGACCAAAUUCACGUCAGACUCGAUCAUGGAUUUCUUGACGAGCCUUGACCCAGAGACGCAGAGAGGAUUCAACCUGUCUCUGAUGGCUGCUGAUCCCGAGUACGACCUGAGCGAGGCAGAACAAGAAUUGAUCCGUGAAUACAUCCGCUUAAAUCUCGACGGUCGCUUUGACUUUGUGCUAUGGCGCGAGGCGGAGCUGAGCGACAGUGACGACGAUUGA